AUGGAUUUAAUUGGCAUCAGAGAAGAGCACCGAAGAGAACGUGGCAAUCGUCCUAUCCUAGAAGAUAGAAGAGGACAGGGCAAACAAAACUUUCCUGUGCUCAUGUCUGGUAUGCCAUAUUCAUCAACAGUUCCUUCGAAUACGUAUUAUCGAAGAUCACGUCCGAUGCCAUCAAUUACUACUGCACAUGUAACAUCAUUAACAAAAGCUAUUGAAUCAGGCAGUAUGAAUGUGUCAACAGGAGCUUAUAAUCGAAUGCGGUCACCAAGUCGUUAUAUUCAACCAUCACCUGAACGAACGAUAAGAGCCAGUAAUUUGAUGAAAACUAAUGUUGCAAAUAAUUAUACUGUUGAGCAUGUGUCAAAUCCAACAGUUACUGUUUAUAGUAUAGCAUCUGUACCUCAAUCAACGAAUUAUAAAGAUAAAGAAUACACAGUUUCAGAAAAUUCAAUGAAUGAAUCGAGAUUAAUCAACGGUGGUUUAUGUGGUCUUCAGAAUCUAGGAAAUACUUGUUUUAUGAAUUCGGUGCUUCAAUGUUUGGCAAAUACAAAACCACUUCUGUUAUUUUGUUUACAAGAUAAUCUUGAUAAUUAUUUGAAUACAUCAACAACAAGUGUUAUGAAAGGAGCUUUAAUGACAGAAUAUGCAAAUUUAAUUCGUAAAAUGUGGCUUUUACCAGAAGGUCGGUCAGUUGUUAGUCCAUUAUCAUUUAAAAAUACAAUUGGAAAAUUUGCUCCACGUUUUACUGGCUAUUUAGAACAAGAUUCACAAGAAUUUUUAAGAUAUCUUUUACAAGGCCUUAGCGAAGACGUUAAUCGUGUACGACAAAAACCAGUACCAAUUACAAUUGAUGAAAAACAAGAGGAACGAAUGAGAGAAAAAGAUCGUGCAAAAGCAAGUUGGGAUCGUUGUUUGCGUUAUGAAAAUAGUCCUCUUGUUGAUAUAUUUGCUGGACAAUUAAAAAGUACUCUUGAAUGUUCUUAUUGUCGAUAUCAAUCGAUAACAUUUGAUAUGUUUUGGGAUUUAUCAUUACCUUUACCACGUGAUAGAUCAUCUACAACUUUACAAGAGUGUAUUCAAUUAUUUAUGAGUGAAGAAGAACUUAAUGGUGAUGAAGAACCAAUGUGUACAAAAUGUAAGAAAAAACGUCCAUGUACAAAAAAACUCUGCAUUCAAAAAUGUCCUGAAAUACUUGUUCUUCAUUUAAAACGUUUUUCACAAAUGCGUGGUAGAACUAAAUUAAAUACACAUAUAGAUUUUCCAAUAACGAAUCUAAGAUUUGAUGGCUUAAUGGACAUUAUGUCUGAAAGUCAUGAAGGACCUAUACCAACAUAUAAUUUAAUUGGUAUAUCAAAUCAUAGUGGUACAGUUUAUACUGGUCAUUAUGUAGCUCAAUGUAAACAUCCAUAUACACGUGAAUGGCAUGAAUUUGAUGAUACAAAUGUUCAUUUAAUAAACGAUAUUUCAAGAAUAAUAUCUGCAAAUGCUUAUGUUUUAUUUUAUGAACGAAAUAGGUUUUAA